AUGAACAUUACUGAGCAUCAACAAAACACGACCAUUCAAUACUGCUUUCCUGACAACAACUCUUCUUGCAGAAAGGAGGUCCGAGCAGGUUCUGCGAGUGUCGUCGUGUUCAUUGUUCUCUCAUGUGUUUCUGUGUUCACUGUGUUUCUGAACCUGCUGGUGAUCAUCUCCAUCUCUCACUUCAAGCAGCUCCACACUCCCACCAACCUGCUCAUCCUCUCUCUGGCUGUGGCAGAUCUUCUCGUGGGGCUGAUUAUCAUGCCAGUAAGAAUAAUGGACUUUAUUGACUCCUGUUGGUAUCUUGGGAAAACUGUAUGCACACUGUUUCCAGUUAUCGAUUACGUUACAGUCUCGGCAUCAGUUAGUAGCUUAGUUUUAAUAGCAGUUGAUCGGUACAUCGCUGUCAACGACCCUCUGCUUUAUCCCACGAGAAUCACAGUGUGUAAAACCUCAUUGUUUAUAAUUAUAGCCUGGUCAUGGUCUGUCUUCUACAACCUCAUGCUUAUGUACUUUAAUAACCAUCUGCUUCACUCUCAGAUCUCUGAUGGAUGCUAUGGAGAGUGUGUUCUUGUCAUGAAAUAUUCCUGGGUGAUUGCUGACAUUGUAGUUUCAUUUCUGUUCCCUUGUGUUAUUAUACUGAUCCUGUAUUCAAUCAUUUUUAAAGUGGCAAGACGUCAAGCCAAAGCUGUUAAAGCUGUAAAGAACAGUGCCACAAACAACCAUGGAGCCAAAGUUUCAAGCUCUUCUGAAACUAAAGCAGCCAAAACUUUGGCCAUUGUUAUUUUCUUGUAUCUUGCCUGCUGGAUUCCAUUCACUGUGGGACCUCUUUCAGCCGACGAGAUCAUCAGUUCAUCUCUGGUGGUUAGUGUGGUCAAUUGGUUUCUGUACAUCAAUUCCUCUGUGAAUCCUCUUAUAUAUGCCAUCUUCUAUCCCUGGUUCAAAACAUCGGUCAGGUAUAUUGUGACCUGUCAGAUUUUUGAGUCCUCUUCAUCAAGCUUUAAUUUGAUCCCUGAACGCUUUUAA